AUGGCCAGACCUCCUUCUCGUAAUGCCAUGCCGCCUGCGACAGAGGUCUCGUACACCGCCUACUCGCCUUCGCCCUCGUCUAUUAACGCGUUUCACCAAAAGAACGACCGCGUGAAUGCGUGGACACACAACGUCGACCUUGCACCGCGUCGGAUAUCCAAAAGUCCAGCCGGUAUCAGUGUCGGCGCCGUGUCGCAGGCAUGGACACAUGUCGACCUGCCCGAGGUUGCCGCUGCCGCGAGGGCUGAGAGGAUGACGACACCUCGUCGACGGACCACACCAUCCCCCAUCCCGGACCGACCAUCGCAACGGCGGUCCACGCUCACAGCGGACGGUCCUCGACCACCGAUGCUGCCGCCCCCAAGUGGGCCACUGCCUCCACAGCCAGGUCUGACAGCGCCGCCUCCUCCGCAGUCGUUCCGCCCUGUCCGCCAGCCGCCUCCCAACGCGUACCUCGCCGCCACCCCAGUGGAGCCUGCACACCUCAGCUCAGAGUUUGAACUUCCCCGCAUAGAGCACCUGUCGCGCUCGGCGAGUACGGGUGCGAACCAUGCGCCACAGGCAUCCGCCGCCGCCCAUUCGGCGCGUGCACAGCGUGAGGCUUACCUCAACUCGGCACUCGACUUUCCCCUCGACAUUAUCUCAGAGGUCGACAAGCCUGCAGCAGCGAGUGGUGUCAACAGAGCUGCACCUCCCCCCCGAACGCCGUCGCCGAACAGGGGACUUGUUGGCUCAUUCCUUAACCGUGCGCGUAGCAAUGUGAGCCUGAGGCAUGGCACACAUGGCCACCCCGGCCACCUGCCUACCCCUGAGGCCACCGACGUAGUCGUCGAGGUUCGCAAGCCGAAACCCGAGAACCGCGCUCGAUCAGCCAGUUUGUCUCAGCAUCCAGUCAAUGUGGCCCCACUCGCCCCCACCGUCCUGUCUCGCAGUGCCUCGACCGUCCACCACCGCCGCGAAGACAACGUGCCCACGAGAAUCGUCGACCGGGUCGACCGCCAGGCCGCAGUCGUGUCCCCUGCACCACCACGACGAUCUUCUCGAGCGGCAUUCACGCGUGGUCCCGACGACGCCACGCUUCUCGUCACUAACGAGGCGUUCAGGCGCACUAAUACUGGACAGAACCAUGGCCCUGUUCAUCCUCCCACAGUUGCCACCGACACUGCAUUCGUAUCUGGCCGUGACCGUGAAGUACUGGGAGAGUCAUUGACCCCAUCCGACGCCUCCGAGACUGGCACCACUCUGCACGACCCAAUCGACGGGUUCCCCUUCCCUCCCCAUUACAAGCAACAGUCCCCACCGGUGGUACCUCUUGAAAUGUCGCGCUCCAGAGUCCAUAGCCCCAACUUCGACAGGUCCCCCACCUCCCCACAGUUUGAUAGGAUUGAGACUGUCCGCGGCGUCCCCAUGUCGCCACCACCCAAUGGCUCUACUCCAUAUGGCUUCUCUCAGUCACUAGUUGACAAACGAGGUGCCCCCCUGGUGCACCUCCAGCCAGCCAGCCGGUCACCAGACAUGCUGGCGUCGAAUGGCAACGGCGUCGACUGCACGAUCGCCCAGCUGCCCCAAGGGGCCAAGCUGCAGGUCAUUGUCAACGUCCUGCCGCCAGAGCAGAACAACGCCGAUGCACAGCCUGGUGGCGCCAAGAUCACCGAGCUCAGCCCAGGCCACUCGGUCAACGGCAGUGCCAGCUCUCUCGGUAGCUUGCCACGGACCAUGGCCAACGUCAUCCCACACCACCGCAGCACGUUCAGCUCGAGUGUACCAAACGACGCGACGACAUCAUACCGCUCCAACCUCCUGCGUGGAGAGCAGCAGCAGCAUCCCGAGCCUCCUCGGCAUGGCAAAGUGCUGAGCGAGGCUGACCAUGCCUACGACACUGGAGCCGACCUCGACUCGCCGCGGUUGGCCUUCCCCAGCGGUGUGCCUGGUCAACACAGUUGGCAGUACCACCCUCCUCCGCCUCCUCCGCCCCCGCCACAAGCACAAGCACCGGCUCGUGAGCCUUCUUCGUCCACAACAUCGGAGCAUGCAGCCAACGGCAAGUGGAAGAACAAGAUGUGGCCAUUUGGCCACAGCAACAACAAGUCCACCCCAGCACUUGCGAGCUCGUCGGCACCCGACAACAGUAACCAUUGGCUCCACGAGACGCAGAGCCACCCGAUGCCUGUCACAGCUGCUGCGAUGCCGCCCGACCAACACCGCACCAUGUUCAGCUUUAAGAAGCCGCCACAGCCUGUCGGCUACCCCGUGGUCUCCUUGGGCGACUCGUCGCGUCGCGCAGCCGAGAAGGAGAACGAGCGCAUGAGGUCCCAUUCUCAGCUCACGAGGCAUGAGUCUACUCCAUCUCGUACGUCGCUUGUGCCUGAGCGAAGCAUUCCCGCCGACAAGAAGCGAAACCCCUCCUCAAAGACGGUAGACGCCGCCGCGAGCCGCAAACCCGCCCUUGGGAACGCAAGCUCCAAAAGCAAGGCGGACAACCGGGACAGCACGGGCGGCAGCAAGUCCAAGGCAUCGGCGACCGCGUCCAAGAGCAGCAAGGACCGCUCCUCCAAGGCCAAAGACUCCAAGGACAAGCAAUCAAAGUCCAAGAGCUCAAAGGACAAGCAUUCGUCCUUCAAGGCCAAGGAGUCGUCCAAGACCCUCGGGAAGAGCACCAGCAAGAAGGUCAGCAAGUAG